GCAGCAGCAUUCUCAACGCAAUCGUCGUGCAGUACACAUCGUACAGCUCAACUUACAUUCAAACAGACAUCGCCAAACAACGCAACAUGGCCACCAAAUACGAACAAUCAAAGACUUAUCAGUACCGCAAGGUGAUGAAGCCCCUGCUGGAACGCAAGCGUCGUGCACGCAUCAACAAGUGCCUGGAUGACCUCAAGGAUCUGAUGGCCGAGUGUGUGGCCCAGACUGGUGAUGCCAAAUUCGAAAAGGCCGACAUCUUGGAGGUCACCGUUGAUUAUCUGCGCAAACUGAAGCAGUCCAAGGCCGCCAAUUCCAAUUCCAAGGCCGCUGCAUCCGCCACUGAGCACAGUUUCCGUGCCGGCUACAUUCGUGCCGCCAAUGAGGUUUCCCGUGCACUGGCUGCACUGCCCAAAGUUGAUGUCGCCUUCGGCACCACGCUGAUGACCCACUUGGGCAUGCGCCUGAAUCAGCUGGAGCAGCCCAUGGAGCACACAGCGCCAAUGUCAAUGAACACGCCACUCAGCAUCAACUGCGACUCCGUCUACUCCAGCAAGAGCAGCAGCAGCAGCAGCAGCUCCAGCAGCAACCGCGACACCUACAGUCCCGUCUCCAGUGGCUACGCCAGCGACAGUGAUUGUGGCUCAUCCACGCCCAUUGCCGCCCAAUCUCUGCUGCAGAUCAGCAACAACGGUACCAGCGUCUGGCGUCCCUGGUAAAGGAGUCCUCAUUAGCUCCGCAGUCAUCGGGACACGCACGCAAUUGCACUGUCGCUUUACAAAGCUUUACAAUGAUCUUCAUUUUGCCUCUAAUUAAGUGUUACGCAGUUUUCUAAGUUAGGUCUGUGAUAGGGCACGUUUUAUUGACUCCAUUAUAACAAUUAGCCAGAAGUCUGUUAGCCAAUACAAAUGUUUCUAGAGUUUAAGCAAAAAACAUGACAAAACAAAACCCAAAAAAAAAAAAAAAAA